AUGUCGCCUGAACUGAACAACGAUCAUGCCCGAAGCAGACCAACACGACCUGCACCUCGUCGACAGUGCGCUUCCACGAUGCUCGACGCUCGACGCUCCUCCCCCGUGGCCGCAACGGGCGCCGUGGAACCUCCUCACCAAGUGUGCAGUUUCGAAGUCGAGGUUCCACAUGAUGCCAUCUCUCAGGGAUGGGAUGAUUGCCAUGAUUCCCAUCUCGAUUCUACAGGUCGACGAGACUCGCGAUAUGUCCCCAACGGUCGAGGAGCCCGGAAAUACUUUCGAGACUUGCGGCACGAGCUUCGACAAGAAAUGCACCCAGACAGCAGCGUCCCGGUUGGUCUUACCCCAUAUCAAAUCAGGAGAGACCCGAAGCUAUUCAUGCAGGAGACUCCAGUUCUGGAAUCGAGGAUUCUAAGUGAGGCCAAUGUAGGGUCUCCCAGCUUCCGAUAUUCCCCAGUCUGCAACACAGGAGCUACUCUUGAAGCCAUGCGGAGACUGAUUCCAUCACGCAGAGGAACACGAUCGGGGGGCGCAAGAUUAUUCCUUCUGCACGCUCAUGCAAGUCAUUGUCAUGGAGAGACAGUAUCUGAUAGACUGCCUGCUUUCUCAUGGCCCAGCCGCCUCGGCUGCUUUUUCCACAGCGGCGAUCGUCAGCCGGUGGAAGCGCAUACCGUCGCAGCGAUCACCAGGCUGGGGGUCGCAAGUGUCGCCGGCGCCCUGAUGGAUGCUGCAGCUCGCAGCGCAGAAAGCAGACCAGCAGCCGGGCCAGGGCAUGGAUCAGGGAAAUACAGUGCACCAUGGGCCAUUACUCCGUAA